AUGAAUGAACUGAUCGAGCGCACAAAUGUGUACAAUUUACCACUUAUUAUGAGAGAAGUGCGGCAGGGAGAUUCCUUUUCACCUAAGCUGUUUACUGCUACUCUUGAAUACGUUUUUCGAAAAAUCAGCUGUAACAGCUACGGAUAUUGCAUAAACGGUAAUCAGCUCACGAAUCUGCGCUUUGCCGACUACAUCGUUCUAAUUGCAAAAUCUGAAGGUGAACUAGAAGCGAUGAAAAACGAUCUAGAUAGACACUUCUGCAGGAACGGUUUUAAAAUGAAUCCUCUGGAAACGAGAGUACUUGCGCAUACUCCUGUUACAAUCAGGCUUAAAGGUACCAUAAUCGUACAAGUACAGUCAUAUGUUUAUCUUGGACAAAUCAUUUCACUUCCUCGCAAUCACAGCAAAGAGAUCUCACUGGGUAUACAAGCUGGAUGGCAAAUUUUCCAUCAAUACAAGGAUUCCUGUUUCAAAGACAGUGUUAAUGAAGUGAAAGCGGAAACUAUUUAG